AUGGACUUCUUUCUGAUUGAGAAUGCGCCAGAAGAGCUGGUGGAAGCAAGGAUCGGUCACAUUCCUCAUAUAGCCAAUGAGAACAUUAUCGCAUCUCUUACUUCAGCCAAGCGUCUUUCCUUAUUCUUUCCCGUAGAGAUUAAGUUUCCUACCGGUAGCAUCUUCUAUCAGCUGGUAUCUUUGGGGCUUUAUAUGGAUAAAAUAAAUGGGUGGAAUCUACUUUCGUUCAUGCUCGAUAGCUCUCCUAACUUGCAAAGCCUCAAGCUCGACAGCCCAUAUCGCAAAGAUUGUCCGGUGGGGUGGGAAUGGAAUCAGCCGAAGUGUGUACCAGAAUGUCUGUUGCUCCAUCUGGAGACAUUGGUGUGGAUAAGAUACAGAUGGCAACGAGAAGAUGAGAAACAAGUUGCCACAUACAUUCUCAAGAACGCUAGACAGUUGAAGAAAGCAACUUUCUCCACAGUGCCCAUCAAACCCGAGGAGCUCGAAGAACUGGAAAAGAGACGUGAGAUGCUCAACGAGUUGUCUAGUGUUGUCAGAGGGUCUACUUCAUGUCACCUUGUGUUCAAACCAGAUGAUCUCUCGAAUGUUGUUAACUGCUGUUUUGGCAAAUGGGAAAUUCUCAACUUGUUGAAUCUUUCAAGAAGUCCAGUGGAUUCUUAA